AUGAGUAAGAAAGGGUUUGGGAGCUAUGGCAACAUCUCUGCCCCAGGUGGAGCCAGUGGAAGCAGUGACCCACUGUCUCAGGGCAGGGUAGCUCUUGCUACUGAGUCCACGGGAUCCAGGGCCCAAAUCCAGGCUAUUGUUCCUUGUGUAAACCAACUGCUCACCUCCACUCUGGUUGAUAACGUCUUCAAGAAGAGAGGAAUCAAGAAGACAGGAAUCAAGAUUUCCCAAGUUUCUGUCGUGGGAAUAAUCAGGCAGGCAGAGAAGACUGCAAUUCUUUACAAGAUUGAUGAUAUGACCACCUUACCUAUCGAGGUCUGCCAGUGGGUCGGCAGAGAUAAAGCAAAGCAGGAGGUGACUCUGCUUCCAGUGGGAGUCUAUGCCAAAGUGUUGGGUAUCCUCGAAUGUUCUGUGGAGAUGAAGAGCCUUGAGAUGUUGAAAAUCCGUGUCCUCGAGGACAUGAAUGAGUACAGCACACAUAUUCUAGAAACGGUCAAGGUACACAUGAUGCUGGAUAACGCCUGCCAAGUGGCCCCUGGGCAAAGUGGCCCAGUUGAUCCAUCAGAAGUGGGUGAGGCCCAGAAGCACAGCGAACAUCACCCCAGUUUUGUCCAGAACGAGGUGCUGCGUUUGAUUCAUGAGUGUCAAUAGGAAGGCAAGAGCAUUCAUGAGCUCCAGACCGUCAAGCAAGUGGUUGAUUAUCUGACCGUGGAGGGCCACAUCUACCCCACUGUGGAUGAGGAGCAUUUAAAAUCUGCUGAUUGA